GACGCCGGGAGGUACGCACGUACGCGCAUGUGUUAGUGACAUGGUUCUGUGCAUUCGGAUUCCGUUACUGUAACAUCACACACGCUGUUGCAGACGCUACAGUGCGGUGAUGCGCCGCGAGCGCCAGCGUACGACACAUGAAUGCCGCCCGCGCACCCGGUGUGGUUGUGAUGACAUGGUGGUGGGUGGCGCUGCUGGCGCUCGCCGCGGCCGAGCCCCGCGCCGGCACCGGUGAGAUAUUCUACAGCUACCAGAUGUCACGCAAGUCGUGCACGGUGGGGGGCGCGCGCGGCGCGUGCAUGUGGGUGCAGGAGUGCAAUCGCGUGGGCGGCGUCCACGCCGGCGUCUGCGUCGACGGGUUCAUGUUCGGCUCCUGUUGCAGGCUGCCGGAGAAGCCGAUUGUGGAAGAACCCUCGUCGACGGUGGUGCUCACAGACAAACCUUACACAGCGCCACCUAGCACCACAGCGAACAUACCGACCGAGACUCAAACCAUCCGGCCGACCGAGACUCAAACCCCGCGCCCUCAAACGCAGCGGCCGUCGUUCAUGACCAAGCCGAUAGAUGGCGUGCCCUCGUCCUACAGCUACUUACCGCCUGAAAUAAAUCUACCCUCAAUAAGCAUAGACGCGAGUAGCGAAAAUAGUGAUAUAGUUCAUAAAGUUACGUAUAAUGUAAAUAAGUACCAAAAUGUACAUAGGCCGGGCGGCGAGGCGGAAACUAGUCCUCAUAACAAAAUAUCGUCUAGUCAUAGUCUAAUGGCGGGCGCGAGACCCAUGGCCGUCUCGGAACACCACAGUGACAACAGCAUUCCAACAGGUCACAUGAUGUCAAGACCAAGCAACCUGAACACCAUACACUGGCAAGUGACAACCGAACCGUCAUUCGUCACCAAACCGAAACCCUCCAACUGGGAGAAACCAGCCGGGAAACCGAAACCUACCAAGAAGUUUCCAACCACAACCAGUAAACCCUACAAGAAUUAUCUGAAACCCAAGGAUCCUAUGUCGAAUAUGAUCAAUAGGACAGACGAAACGACAGCUGCACCUCACAAGACAGCCACAACCAGUGCUGAAUGUGGCGUGACGGCGAUGUGGCCGCGUCCCGAGAUGAGGAUUAUGGGCGGGAAGGACUCCUCCUUCGGUCGCUGGCCGUGGCAGGUGUCUGUCAGAAGAAACUCCUUCUUCGGUUUCUCGUCGACGCAUCGGUGUGGCGGCGCUAUCCUGAACGAGGAGUGGAUUGUCACGGCUGGACAUUGUGUUGAUGACCUCCUAACAUCACAAAUCAGGAUACGCGUUGGAGAAUUCGACUUCGCGUCAGUAUCGGAACAGUAUCCUUACGUCGAGCGAGGGGUCGCUCGGAAGUCGGUACAUCCGAAGUACAACUUCUUCACGUAUGAGUAUGAUCUGGCGCUGGUGAAAUUGGACGCGCCUAUUCAGUUCGCCCCUCAUAUUUCUCCCAUCUGCUUGCCGGCGACCGACGAUCUGCUGGUGGGGGAAAACGCGACGGUCACCGGAUGGGGACGACUCUCAGAAGGCGGCGUGUUGCCUUCGGUCUUGCAAGAGGCGCAAGUACCAAUAGUCUCCAACGAGCGCUGCAAGUCCAUGUUCCUGAGUGCUGGACGACACGAGUUCAUCCCGGACAUCUUCCUGUGCGCCGGCCACGAGGAGGGGGGACACGACUCCUGCCAGGGGGAUUCAGGGGGACCUCUGCAGGUCAAAGGGAAGGAUCAGAGAUAUUUCCUGGCGGGUAUCAUAAGUUGGGGAAUAGGGUGCGGAGCUGCCAACUUGCCCGGGGUAUGCACCAGAAUAUCUAAGUUCGUACCCUGGAUACUACAGACUGUGAACGCGUAAAAAGAAGAAGAAAGAAAAAAGGUUGUUUUACAACAUACAAGUAAAGUAGUACCUAUGAUAUAUUAACAGUAAAAAGAAAACUAAAUAAAGAAAGUUUGUCUUACAACCUGAAAAUAAAGAAGAAUGACCAAUGUACAAUGUACAUGAUGAUCAAAAGAAAGAAAAAAAGGAAAAAGUUGUUUGUCAGCUCUACAAGGCUGAAACCGGCAUCUUAAUAUUUUUCGCAUGACACAGCUUUUGUGAAUGUAAUCCAAGUAUUAAGACAACCUAAAAGGACAGUGCAAUGCCCAAACUACAUUGGAAUGACUAAAAAAAGGUAUAAACAUGGAGGAAAUUGUAUUUCAGCUCUACAAGGCUGAGAGCGCCAUCUUGAUAAUAAUUUUUACAUGAGACGUUUUUAACGUUCUGCUGUCAAUGCCACCCAAAAUAUAAUUUUUGUAAGUCUGAAAUAUUCAACUGGUUAACAAUAGAAAAGAAAAAGGAAAACUUGAAACGUGUCCUUUUCUAAAAGACGCUAAAAGUGAUAAAGUGAAGAAAGGAACAGACGAACAGUGUAUA